CCAGGAUAAAAUCCGAAGAUGAAGAGAGAAAGCCGAUGCCCCCUCCUCGCAAAUUGUCUACGCCGAAUGAGCCAGAACAUGGAACUAUGGGCCUACAAAUACCCACGUCACCAGUUAAACCAUCUAAAAAUGAAACAGCUACGACAUUUUGGAAAGAAGACAAUGAAGAAGAUAUUGACGACGAUGUGUACGAAAUAACAGAUGGACAAGAAGACAAUAUAUACGAUGAGCCUGAAGACAUAGAGUUACCUAGAUCUUCUAAAACAGAACAUUCUCUAAAAUAUAAAACCAUGGAGUUCCUCACCAAUAAAAUCAAAGUGAAAGACACAGUACAGAAAAUAAAGUCAAAAAUAACAAAUGCAAUGAAAAGAGAGAAAACAACAACGCAUGUUCAUAAAAGGGACGAAGAUGAAGACGAUGGAGAUUACGAAAUUCCUGAUGGUACAUUAGCAAGAAAAACUUACACACGGUAUGAUACAUUGGAGAAGCGAUUAACACUAAGACAAACACGGAAUAACGCUUACUCAUCAUUAUCUGUGAGUGAUGGUAUUCAAAAACAUACCUUAUUCGGAUCUCUCUCCGUGGCCGGGUUAGCCAAUCGUCUGGUCAUGUGUGGGCUUAAUGACAUGGCCGAAAUGUGUCUCAAGGAAAAGGUGGACGGGCGUCUGUUUCUUUCCCUUACAGAUGAUGAUUUACGGGAAGUGUUUUCGGUGACUGAAUUACAAAUCAAGAAAAUACACAUGGCACAAGAGCAUGAUUGGACACCUAAAACAUGACAUAUGGUCGACUAAGGUCAACUAAGGUCAACUAAGGUUAUCUAAGGUCAACUAAAACCAAGGCUUACUAGCAUGAUUGGACACCAAAAACAUGACAUAUGUCAACUAACAUCAACUAAGGUCAACUAAUGUCGACUAAGGUCAACUAAGGUCAACGGUCAACUAAGGUCAACUAAGGUUAACUAAGGUUAACUAAUGUCAACUAAAACCAAGGCUGACUAGUUUAAACAUGAAAUUCAAAUCACACAGCAUUUUGCAAUCAAAUGUUAAUAUACAUAUCAUGCUUUCCGUAUUUGGAGAUUCCGUAUCUAUACAGAGGAUGUGACUUAGUGUUUCUGUGUUUCGGAGAUUUCUGCCUAUCGAGAUAUCUAAAACGUUCGACUCGACUGGCAGUGAAUGCUUGCAGAUAUGAUACAAUGCCUCGUCAGUGUGUGUAGUGAUGUAUAUGUUUUAACAUGGAGUUACUAAUAACCGAUAUUGUCCAACGGAGGAACAUCAUCCGAAGAUGGCGGAGGAAUAGCGUUUGUUCAUCGUCACAUGAAACAUUGGAUUACCAAAACAGAUUACCCGAAAUAAAUACAUUUUGUAUGUAUCACCCCAGAUACAGUAUGAGGAUGAUUUUAAUGCAAACUGCAUUUCCUAUUUCGUCUACACAGACCACGAAGACGUGCUUCUUCUCCUUCGUCGCCUUCCUCGAUCAGUUGGUAACUUGGUUUUGUCAUCUUGUCGUCGUUAACACCUAUGGUUGUGGGUCCAGUCAUUCACUGGGAAAGACGAAUUAUUUUCGAUAAAUUCAGUUCUAUAUUCCAAAGGAUAUGUAUUCAUGACAUAACCUACCAAACUGCAAUUAACAAACAAACAUGCAAACCGGUGAAGGUUCAUGUUUUUUUAGACAGAACAAUGGGAAUAAAAAACAAUUGAAGAUUUUCUAUUGAUCUGUACCUAGUGAGGUACAAUGAAAGUCCAACCAUUUUGGGCUUAAC